AUGUCAUACCAAGACAGUAGCGAUUCCGAUUCAACUAUCCAGGAAGAGGAUUGUCAUCCUCCACGGUCACUCCCAGUCCCAGAUGACACUCCAAAGACUCGCUUUGACCCCGAGCAAUCUAACUUCCAAUUGCGCCAACAAUUGCAGUCAAAAGCUGAUGAAUACAUGGCUUCUUCUAUAGAAGAAAGUAUAGAACAGACCUCAGAGUAUUCUACAGCUCUUGGUCAACUAGUUUCGGCGACAGUCCAAUUCGAACAAAUUUGUUCGAAUUCAAUUCAAUAUGCAGACGAACUUGUCCGCUAUUGUCCCACUCUUGUAAGAGUACUUCAAGAACGACUCUUCAACCAGUUGCUUCCUACCUUACGCAGCCCAAUUCAAAUUCAAUUUGCCCGUGCAGCCAUAAACUUCACUCCGUACUCGUACAGCUAUGACGAGGAUGAACUAGCUGACGAGUACGGAGCCGAAAAUGUUGGCUGGGUUUUUCGCACAACUCCUUGCGAAUUCCAAGUUGAAAUUGUCAACCAUUUCCUCGUUCGUACUAUUUCGUUACAGAAUGAAGACAACGAAAAAGAUGGAGUCAUUCCAGGUGACCGUGUAAGAGUCAUUUUCCAACGCAAAAGUGGACAAGAAAUU